CCUUGAUAAAAUCAUUUUUGUCUUGGAGCCCACACGGAUUGUCCCCUUUUUCCAUCUACACCAUGCCCUACCCUAAUACUGAAUAAAUACUUGGUAAAUCGUCCAUCUUAUAAAUGACUACACAUCCGUAUACUGUACUCAUCACAGACUUUUUGAUUUGAGGUUCAGUUUGUGUUCCAGAUUUACAGCUAUAAAUUACCAGACAGUAAGAACUGCAAAUGCUGGUCACACCCUGAAGGAGUAUGAGUUUCUCUUUAAAGCAAUGCAUUAAACCAUUAGUUUAUAUAGGGAAUUUUUUUUAGCAUUCCCAGACCGAAAAACUAACAUACGGAAUCAAUUCAAAUAACACACACAAAAAAAUAACACUAACAUUUAGUAUAAGCAAGAAUGAUAAAUACACAACCCAUAUAAAGUAGAAAUAAUGUAUGUACAGUGUAUCUUCAUCUACAAGAAUAAAUAAAGUCAUGUGUUGCUUAACAACAGGGAUACAUUUUGAGAAAUAUGACACUAGGCUAUUGUGAGAAUGUCAUAGUCUUACACAAACCUAGAUGGUAUAACCUGCUAUAAGUAGAAAGAGUACAUUCUAAAAUAAUAUAAUGUACAUUAUAGUAAAUAGUUGAACCAGUAAUAUAGUUGCUCAAUUUAUAGUUAUCAUUAUGAAGUAUUAUAUCGUGUACAUAACUGACAGUGCUAUAUUUUAUACGACGGGCAGGGUAGUUGGUUUGUUUAUAUCAGCAUCACCACAAAAGCCUAGCGCUACGACGUUACGACAGAUGUCUCUAAGCGACAAGAAUGUUCCAGCUCUGCUUAUAAUGUAACGUAACCAUCUUUGUUCCGUCGUUAACCGAAACUAUUCAGCGCAGAAACUAUUCACCCGAAUUAUUCAGCGCAUGAAUAGUUGACUCGCUGAUAAACAAAUGCUAAGCACUUUUUGCUUUACUACUUUUUUCGUAAAAGCGAAUAAUCUCUUCGGAUUUCUUUCGCUUAGUUAAAACGGGUGGUAAUGCAGGUCUUUCGUAAAAGCAAAGUGUCGUAAAGUGAACGUUCGUCAAGCAAAGGUUACCUUUAAUAUGAUUUUUUCCUAAUCACAAAAUCCUCAAAGGAUUCGUUGUAUUUGCAGGCUUAAUCAUGAAAAGUGAGAAACUAAAACCUAACAAGAUUUGCAUAUGCAAUUUAUAAGUAGCUGUCAUUUACAUGCAGUUGAAAUUAGCCGAACAUUUCCCCUUUUCUAGUCUAUGAUGCAUUUAAUACGGUGUUCAGUGUCUUCUUAAAUAAACCUGAAUAGAAAUUAGUAAACCGGUUUAAAAAGCAGUCGGAACCUGAUGUGCACAUUCAUUGUUUCCUAGUGGGAAUCUUUAAAAUGUGACAGCAGUGUAGGCAGUCUUCUCUGCGGCUACAUUUCAAAGGAAACAAACUCGUCUGUCUUUGCUACUUAACGUCCAGGCACUAUCGAUUAUAUACGGUGUUGUAAUUACAGGAUUUUUUUGGAAAUUAGUUUGAAUGUUUUACACUUGGGAAAAAUUGAACGAUGUCUGCCUUAUUUGACGGAGCGCCACUUACAGCAAUGCAGCCCUCGCAGCCACUACAGACUAGUAUCAGCCCUCAGGAGCUGGCCCUAGAGAUAAAGGCCUUCAUCAGUGGGGUGGACCAGGCUCAAGGCCGAAAGCUGAGCAUGCGGGACCAUGCUCGCUGUGCCGUCCGUCUGCUGCGGACCGUACCAGCCUGCCGGGGCGCGGCCCUAGAGCACUUGAGGGGGGUGUAUGAUGAGUAUGUGUUGACCUUCCUGCAAGACCUGGAGGGGGAGAGCGAUGGUGGCAUCGGCAGUGGUGGCACCCUGGGCCUGGAGGAUGUGAUCCAGGAGAUCCACGGUGUCCUCUCUGAGUUCAUCCGACUGAACCCCAAAGCUUGGGCCCCACUGGUGUCUACCUGGGCGGUGGAGCUCCUAGGCCAGCUCAGUAGCAAGCAUGCAGGUCGGCGUGGAGCUCCACACUCCUCCAGUCUGAACGAGCUGCUGCAGCUGUGGAUGUCUUGCUCAGCCACACGGUCUCUGAUGGAGAGCUACUCGCAGUGCCUGGCGGCCAUGUUGGCCUGGUGCCCGGAUGCCUGCGUGGAUGCUCUGCUGGACACAUCCGUGCAGCACUCUCCGCAUUUCGACUGGGUGGUCGCCCACAUCGGCUCCUCCUUCCCGGGCACCAUCAUCAGUCGUGUACUGGCCUGUGGACUCAAAGACUUCUGCGCCCAUGGCUACCAGGGUUCUGCCGCCUCCCUUGAAAUCCCAAAUCAGCAGAGCUCUGUGGCCCUGACCUCGAUGGAGAAGACUUGCCGCAUUCCCAAAAUUGGCUCCGUGGUGGGGAUCUUGGGGCAUCUGGCGUCGCGUCAUGCCGACAGCAUCAAGAAGGAGCUGCUGCGGAUGUUUCAGGAGAGCCUCUGUCCUGCCCAACCCUCUGCCGGUGCCGUGGUGCGUGACAAUUCUCCCCAGCUGCGCCGCGCCACGGUGCCCUUUCUUCUACAGCUAGCGGCGCUCUCGCCCACCCUGCUUGGUGCCGUCUCUGCUGAGCUGGUGGAGUUUCUGCGGCCCCCGGUGCUGCUGCAGCUGCAAGAUCAGUUCCAGGCUCUCCAGCGUGAGGAGCUGGACAACAUGGUGGGCCUCACCGUGCACUUGAUCAGCCAGAGCCCCGCUGGCGGGCCACGUGUUCUGCGCUUCUUGGUGGACACUGCCACUCCAGCCUCAGUCAUAAUGUCGGGAUCGGUGCCAGCUCCGCAGGAGGGCGUGAGAGAAGCCUGCGACCGGCUGCUGCAGCUGCUCCUGUUGCACCUCCACAAACUGGUCUAUAACCGGCCCGACGGUGAAGAUGUCUACCCCGUCUCGUCUUCCUCUUCCUUCUCGUCGCCGCCGCGCAUCAUCCCUUUCCUGGAGGAGCUGCGGGGGCAUGUGGGGGAACUUUGUGCCGAGACCCUUCGGUUGGAACGUAAGCGGCACCUCUGGCUGCACCAGCUGCUCUGCCUGCUCUCCGUGUACGGGGGCCCAAGCGUGGCCACCGAAGCCUUGUGCCGACUCCUGACUCUGGCUCGCAGCCCGGAGGAGUUGGCUCUAGCAUCUCAGCUCCAUGCCCCUCUAUCUACCUGUCUGCCUGGACUCCUUCCGGCGGUCGUCGUGCGCUGCGUGGCUCAGAUCCACACCCAGAGCCUGGGCUGCAAGGAGCUUGGGCAGCUGCUCAACAACCUUGCGUCUGUCAUACACGGCAGCGACGAUGAGGCCAAGGGAGCCGGCGCGGUGGCACAGUCCUCCAUGGCGUCCCAGGUUGGCGCCGCCAUCUCUUCCUACCUGCACGAUUUCUGCCCGCUACUCCUUAACGGAAACCCGGCCGUGUCCCGAGCUGCUGCACGGCUCCUGUCCUGCAGCCAACUGUCCCGCGCCGCCUCUCCCGCCCAGCUGCUUGUCAUCUCUCGAGCAGCGGUGGCGCACUUCUUCCUGGCCCUGCGACGAAGGGCUGGAGCCAGUGUAGGAAAAGACACGGGGGGAGAAGAGGUGAGCUAUUCCACCCGCUUGCUGUCCCGCUUGGCCGCCUUCUCCCCACUUACCCAGAAGGCAGUUCUCCAGCAGCUGGUGGAAGGUGCUCUGCACAGGGGGAAUGCUGACUUGUUUGGCGGCCAAAGAGAAAAUUCUGAUGGAGACUCAUUCUCUCCAUCCCUAACACCAGACUUAGGAGCUUCUUUGCUUGAUAUCAACUGCAAGUUUGGGACCACAGUUAACUUCUCUGGCAGCGUGUGGUCUGUUUUUCACGCCGGGGUUAUAGGGAGAGGGCUGAAAACACCCCACUCCUUUCCGCAGUCCGAUCCGGAUCAGGUCACUCAGAACGUGCAGAUCCUGCUAGCGGUGGCCGUUCAUUGCUGCGGCUCGAGCAGCGGCGGCGCCGGCAACGGUGCAGGCACUGGGGGCACCCGGUACCCGUUUCCUGAAGAACCGGCACCCAUUAGUGCUGAAGCAGCGAAGGUGAUUGCCAUGGCUCUGGUGGAGAACGUGUGUCCUGACGUGGCGAAUGGAGAGCUCGUCUGGCCCCCGGAGGAGCACGCCAGGACCACCGUAGAGAGAGAUAUCCACAUCCGCCGCUGCUUCGAACAGAACCCCGUCCUCUUUCACCUCUUGCGUGUGGUUGCUGCCGGCCGGCCUGCACUGUGCUAUUGCUCAGUGGUUCUACGGGGCCUGCUUGCCACGCUUCUGGCCCACUGGGAGUCGUCCAGAGAGCCUUUGACCCUUGAUUCCCCCUGGCACCUCCAAGCCUCCUGUCUCCUGGUGUCCUGCAUGGGAGAGGGCCAGCUUCUGCCUCCUGUGCUGAGCAACGUCCAUGAGAUCAUCCCCCACCUCACACCCUUUGAGGUCCGUCUCCUGCUACUGGCCGUGUGGGAGUACAUGCGAGGGAACAGCCCCAUGCCACAAAAGUUCUCUUUCAGUGCCGACAAAGGUCUGUUCUACAGAGACUUUUCCAGGGAUGGAGAUCUUUCUCGCUACCUUGCUCCACUUUACAGCGUCCUACACAAAAACAUUGACCAGUUGGGUCACUUGUGCUGGCGAUUCCAGCUGUCAUAGAAGAGGGAAGGACAGUGACACUGUCGGAGCUAAUGGCACAUGGGAACUGGAAGAUGGAAGGGGGUUAUGUUGUGGAUUUUGGAAGUUAGAGUAGCAUUUAGUUACACUGUUGCAAAUUUACAUGUUACAGUUUUUUUCAUGUCUGCUUAUGCAAGCAGAUGUUGAACAUUGCUUCAGAUGCAUUUUUGCCAGAAUAUAACAUUUCUACACAGCCGGACACUUGUUGCAUAUUAUGCUAUGAUUUAAGUACAGUGCUGCAGUUUGUGUAGGCUUUCAUUAAUUUCUGGUAUUUCUUGUAAACCAUCUUUUUCUAUUACACUGAGAGAAAGUAAAAAUUUCUAAGAUUU